AUGGUGAGGAGAGAUUCUGACCAAGAAAGUGGACCAUUAACCCAAGAACCACGAAUUCCAAUUAUGCUAGGAGAAUACUUUCCCAAAGUGUUCUUCGUAAGAGGACCAACGGAGACUGUUCAUACGACAACUUGCUAUCAAGUAGAUGACGAAGAUGUCUUGAAAGGAAGAUCUGAAACUCAUGAAGAGCAAAAUGUCUUGACGCAGCCAUUGUACUUCAAUAUUGAGGAAGCGGUGGAACUUCUUGAAGCAAUAAGCAUAGCCUUGGUAAAUGCGUUGAUGGAUCUUAAUAUUCAUCCAAAUAGAAUAAGAGAGGCCAAAAAAUUAGAACCUGAGUUUCAAGACCGUGCUAUCUGUUAUGCGACAUGUGCUUCCAUCACAUUCACCAAUGAAGAUCUUUUGUUAGGGUCCAAACCACACAACUGUCUACUUUUCGUGUCUGGGCUUCAAUCAAAAGGGCAAAGAGCUAUGGGCAUGAUCAGAAUUGAGCUCGUGAUAGGUGAUUUAAGGUCCAACAACUUAUUUCACGUGAUUGAUGCCAAGACUUCCUACAAUCUUCUCUUAGGAAGGCCGUGGGUGCAUGAAAAUGGGAUAGUGCCUUCGACUUUACAUCAAUGUUUCAAAUUUUACAGAGGUGGAGUAAAGAAAAUCUUGGGUGAUGUCAAACCAUUUAACGAAGCCGAGUCUUAUUUCGCCGAUGCCAAGUUUUACAUGGAUGAAGACAUGGUAUAUGAAGUUAUUUAUGCUGAGGUCCACUUGACAGGCAAGGCCAUACCAAGAAAAGAUGAGCAGUCAAAGUGUCUUUCCACUGAAGAGAAUGGCGAUAAUAAGUCAAAAAGCACUGGCUUUGGACAAAUGGGAUCACCACCGAUAGAUUCACAGAAGGUAUCUAUUCUUGUUCUCCGUAAUGUUUCAUCAUCCCGAAGGAAGGAGGGCCAAUCCCCAUUUGGAGAAGAAGUGAAACCAAGGAAGUUAGGAGAAAGUGACAUGAAGUUCUUGAAGGAGUCUACAACCAUGCAUUUACCCAAGUUGAGCAAUUCAGAUGUGUCGAAAUCUUCAAUUCCAGGGUUCGUCAGACCAUCACAAGAUGCAGCAAGACGUGAAUAUCUUUCGGUCAAAAGAACUAAAGAAGGUUUUGAUCCUAAUGCUUAUAAGCUCAUGUCAAAGGCAGGUUAUGACUUCGGCUUAUCUUCUUCAGUGGGGGAGCUUAAUCCAGAUGUCACAGGAGAAAGGACACAUGGCCUUAGCAAAACCCAAAAGAAGUUGAAGGAGCAAGGUUACAUGAUUGACUCAGCUAGAGCAGGCCUAGGUUUUACUCAUGUCGCACCUGUCAAGAUCUUUGCUAGAAGAAAAGAAAAGAAGGAAGAAGCUCAACACAUUAGUGUCGAAGUGGUUGAGGAGGAAGAAUAA